AAAAAAUAACCAGCUCAUUUACUUAUGAUGUGUCAUGAGUCAUGAGUAACUUCUUCCUUAUAAAUUCAGAUUGUUCACAACUUCCUUGAGUUUCACUUCGGAGCAUAAACACGCAACCAUACGUGUAUAUGUCACUUGUAAACAUAUAAAGGGGGAAUAAAAUGAGAAUCAGCUGCAAUGGGUGUAGAGUCUUACGCAAAGGUUGCAACCAAGAUUGCACCAUAAGACCAUGUCUUCAAUGGAUCAAAUCCGCAGACUCCCAAGCCAAUGCUACACUCUUCCUUGCCAAGUUCUAUGGCCGAGCCGGUCUUCUUAACCUCAUCGAGUCCGGUCCUGACCACCUUCGUCCCGCAAUAUUUAGGUCCCUUCUGUACGAGGCGUGUGGUCGGAUCGUGAACCCUGUGGAUGGUUCGGUGGGUUUGAUGUGGACUGGGAACUGGGCCCAAUGUCAGGCAGCCGUUGACGCCGUACUCAAUGGCUUACCCAUAACUCACACACCUCUUCCAAGUGCAUCUGCGUCGAACCAGAUCAUUCCUCCACACAGGACUUACGACAUACGCCACGUGGCCAAAGAUCCAGCACCCGGCGGCGACAGUUCGGAGGGUUUGGCUACACGUGCUAACGCUAACAAGAGCAAGACACAAACUGGCCGGUUCAAACGCCUUGCUGAGUCCGUGAACCAACUAGGCGAAUGUAGUCACGACACGUGGCAAUUCCCAAGUUCUGGUGCUACGCAUGGCUAUGGUCACUUCACGUUGGAGACUGUGGAGGUUCGAGGGGAAGCUGCUCCAUUUAAUCAAAGUUCUUCGAAUGUUGGGUUUGAUGAUCAAGUUCAAGUCGAUAUCAACGAGGUUGGCUUAGAGCUCAGACUUGGCUAAGCUUUGCAAAGACAAAAUAGAUAGCGUUAUUAUCAUAAUUCUGUCUUUUUAAUUGAAUAAUUUCACUUUCUAUUAUAUAAGAGGAGUAAAAAAAAAAAGGAAAAGCAAAUCAAACUUGGUCUACUGGUUUAAAAGUGUAUAAAUUUGGCUUUUAUGUGAGGUUAUGGUAUAUUUGAACGAAGUAUCAA